CCAUGGCGAGUGCUGAUGGUUUCUGAACUCUUUUGGGUCUGUUGAAUGUUAGUCACAUUUCGUGGACUCAAAGGCCGUCGCCUUCUUUCAUCUCCCCUCCCAAGAGAACAACGAGAGAGCACAUACCGAUGGGUAUUCAACCUGGGAUAUAUUUUUCCGUUCGUUUAUUAGUUACGUUUGAAACGUUGCUCGUAUAGUGGCUUGAUAUAAUGGGACCGAAAGGGCCGGAAGAUCGGAAUGCUCGAGUGGAUAGGAAAUUGCUCGCAGAGAGUGACUGGACAACAGCUUGGACGGGCCAAAAACUGUCUAAUAGUUGUACUGGUGGGUUGAGUGAUGAUACAUAUGCUCGUCGAGGUGUUUUGUCUGGGGCCGACUGGAUGAUGCGGGACGAAAUUAUCGACGUUUCGUGGGACAGAGCCGGAAUGCAGAACGACAGCGAGAUGCUAAAUGAAGGUACGGAAGACGAUCGAGAAGGCUAUAAAGGUACAAGCACGAGUCGAAGAUGUUCCAAAGGAUCGAGUACAAAAGGGAAACCGAGAGACGGUAUAAGAAGAAUGGAUUGGUGCUGGAGUAGCAGACCUGAAGAACGAACAAACGAAUGUGUGGUGACGGGGACCCUGCAAAUAAAGUAAAGUUCACAGAUCAACGAGUGUGAGGGUGAUAAAAGGCAAGAUAGGCAGAGCCG